AUGAAGUCCUACAUUCAGAUCCUCGGGACGCAGACGGGCGACACGACGCCGUCGGUCCUAGUGUUCUUUGACAGCCAACGAUAUCUCUUCAACGCUGGCGAAGGCACUCAGCGCUUCUGUAUUGAGAAUAAGGUUCGACUCGGGAAGCUGACCAAUGUCUUUCUGACAAGAAUCAACUGGGACACAUGCGGUGGCAUUCCAGGAAUGCUACUUAGUCUUGCGGAUGCUGGAAAUCGGCACAUCACCGUGCAUGGAGGCAAAAACCUGACGCACUUUAUGGCAUCGACGAGACAUUUUGUUUUCAAGAUGUCGUCAAUGGUGCAAACUCACGAAUUCAAGGAUAACGCUCGACCUUUUCAAGACGAGAAUCUCUCAGUGCUGCCAGUUCCUAUACAUCCAAUUGACCCGUCUCUAGCUAGUAAUGACACAACGACUACGGCUGUCAAAAAAGUAGCGAUUGACAGCGGAAACGGGAAGAUGCUACCAGUUGCAAUUUCCAUACCGAAAAACGCGCCGCGAGCAAGUUUCAACAGGCCGUCUUCUUCACGCAACGGACAGCAGACCCCCAGCAGUAAUAGGUCAGCUGCCACUGUCCAUGCUGGCCAGAAACGCAAGGCGGAUGACGAGGACCCUGAUUCAACCUCAGUUCAAGAUGAAUCAAUGGCAUACAAGCGCGAAAUCAUACGACAAAUGUUCAAUAGCGGUGAAUCCUUGUCUAUCAAGGUCGGCAAGGGCGAUGCAUUCCAUGAACGCAAAGAUAGCAGUCGCUUCGAUCGUCAAAGUGGUCAGAGUCACAAUCUGGAAGUACCCAACAUUGCACUCGGCAAAAGAGAUCACACGAAAUUAGUGAGAUUGCCAAUGGCGAUACCUAGCAAGACCGUUACUUGCUUCAUAUGCCAAGGGCCACCGGUCAGAGGCAAAUUUGAUCCUGACAAGGCGACCGCCUUGGGCGUUCCGCCAAAAGAAUUCGGAACUCUGCAUCGGGGAGACUCGUUUCUGAAUGACAAAGGGGAACGGGUUGAUCCUCAUCAGUGCAUGGGACCUGACAGACCGGGCUCGGUAUUCUUCAUUAUCGACUGUCCCUCUGCAGAUUAUAUCGGCACCUUGGUCAACAACCCCCGAUUUGUCCCUCACUACGCAAGUCUGACGAACAACCCGGUGGCCGUGAUAGUCCACAUGUUGGGAGAUGAUGUUUUAGAAAAUGCAGCGUAUAGAUCUUGGAUGAACAACUUUGGGGAAACUACUCAGCACAUUAUCAUCAGUGGGAAACAUUGCGCGAAGCCCAUCAUCUUUAGAGGGAGUGCAACCAGUCAACACCGCUUAAAUUUGCUGGACCCUGAUGUGCCAUCGUUUGAACGAUAUUGUUCUCACUUCAACAUGCUGAAAUCAUUACGCACUCUAAAAGAAGGCCUUCCCCCUCGGACCAUGGCGGCGAACAACCUACUCAUCUACCAAAUGGAGCCCCACAGGAAGGUAGAUGUCAGCGAACAAAAAACUCCGUGGGAUCAUAAGGAUCCCAACGGCAAGGUAUUGGCCACCCUCGACAAGCCGCGUCUUCUGGAAUAUCAAGUGGAGGCAAAGCGCCUGCGAGAGGAAAUACUCGCCUCAGCUGCCGAGGCAGAAAACACCAGAAAGCCAGGAGAUGAUGUAUUAGUGUGUACACUGGGCACUGGCGCCGCUUUGCCGUCGCGGUAUAGGAACGUGAGCUCCACUCUCGUAUACACACCGAGCCAUGGCUCUAUUCUUUUCGACGCUGGCGAGGGGACCUAUGGACAGCUUUAUAGACGUUUCAAGGGGGCUGACGGGCCCUCCUUGGAAGACGUGCUGACCAAUCUCAAGUUUCUGUUCAUCUCGCAUAUGCAUGCCGAUCAUCAUCUGGGUGCUUUCAAAGUAUUACUAGAGAGAAAGAAACUCUUUGAUAAAGCAGGCAAACCGGCUCCUACCAUCUGUAUCGUGGGACCUCCGCAGUACAGGAUCUGGCUGGACGAAUUUGACGAUUGUGAACCUCUCGGUCUCGCGGGGGAUCAAAUCACAUUUCUCCCCUGUCAUGAUCUUUUGCCGAAAGCCUCCACAUCCAGUACCGUUCUUGAUAGAUUGAAGGAAGAUUUGGGCCUCAGUGCCAUCGAAACUGUUCAAGUUCACCAUUCCCACUACUCGUAUGCUGUUUCACUGGCUCAUCAAUCUGGCUACAAGAUUGUUUAUUCUGGCGACUGUCGACCAAACCUGGAUCUUAUGACAGUCGGAGGUGAUGCUGAUGUGCUCAUUCACGAAGCUACGUUUGAGGAUGAUCCUACCGGUUCCCGCGAGGCACAGGACAAACGGCACUCAACCACCCAAGAAGCGGUCAUUGUUGGCGGCAGAAUGAGGGCGAAGUGGAUUCUCCUCACUCAUUUUUCCCAAAGAUACCCCAAGAUGCCCUCUUUGAAUUUCAGCGCUUGGCCAGCUGCAGAUCAAGAACAACGCAAAAGCUCUGUAGGCGUCGCAUUUGAUAUGAUGGCAAUCAAAAUUGGGCAAAUGAGAAGAAUGGCAAAAUAUUUUGGUCCUCUUGAAAAGCUGUAUCCUGCCGCCCAGGAGGAAUCUCCGGAUCUCGAAGAAGGGGAGCUGGAACGUGCGGCAGAUUUAUCCGGUGGUGGUGGUGGCGGUGAAGGAAAGCAAGAUGGCGGCAGUCGGCGAGGCGGACGAGGUCGUGGUCGAGGUCGUGGUAGAGGUCGUGGCCGAGGCCACCGUGGAGGACAUGGUGGACAUAGAGGGGAUUUCCAUCGUAGUAGGGAUCGUUAGUGUCGCAUAUAGUUUAGAGUAGCAUAGCAUCUGUCAGAAAGUUCGCAGAUGUUUUAGUUAUUUAUAUUCGCUAGAACGGUAGAUAGAUUCAUGUAGAGGGUAAUAUCACAUUGUUAAAAAUCAA